AUGAGCCGCCAGUUCAGUUCUCAGUCUGCAUUUAGCUCAAGGAGCAGGAGGGCCUAUAGCACCAGGUCUUCAGGCUUUGGAGGUGGGAGACAGGCUCUGGUGUCUGUGUGUCAGUCGAGGAGGUGUGGAGGUGAUUAUGGUGGUGGGUUCAGUUCCAGGAGUCUCUACAAUCUAGGUGGCAGUAAAAGCAUCUUUGGGAGCCUAGUGGGGCGAAGUGCCAGUGGUUUCUGCCAGAGUAGAGGGGCAGGAGGAGGAUUUGGAGGAGGAUUUGGGGGAGGAAGAAGCUUUGGUGGAGGUGGCUUUGGGGGUGGCUAUGGUGUAGGUGGCAGAUUUGGAGGUGGUUUCGGGGGUGCUGGAUUUGGCAAUUUGGGACUUGGGGGUUUCGGUCCUCCUUAUCCUACUGGGGGGAUCCAUGAGGUGACUAUUAACCAGAGUCUCCUGGAGCCUCUUCACCUGGAGGUGGAUCCUGAAAUUCAGAAGGUUAAGACCCAGGAGCGGGAGCAGAUCAAGAUUCUCAACAACAAGUUUGCCUCCUUCAUUGAUAAGGUACGUUUCCUGGAGCAGCAGAACCAGGUGCUACUUACAAAAUGGGAACUGCUGCAGCAGGUGAACACCACCACUCGAACCAGCAACCUGGAGUCGAUUUUUGAGACUUUCAUCAAUCAGCUGCAAAGGCAGGUGGACGUUCUGACCACCGAGCAGUUGCGCCAGAACUCCGAGAUCAGGAGCAUGCAAGAUGUCGUGGAGGACUACAAGAACAAGUAUGAGGAUGAAAUCAACAAGCGGACCAAUGCGGAGAAUGACUUUGUUGUUUUGAAGAAGGAUGUGGAUGCUGCUUUCAUGGGCAAAUCAGACUUGCAGUCCAAAGUGGACACGCUGUAUGGGGAGAUCAACUUCCUGAAAUAUCUAUUUGAUACGGAGCUGUCUCAGAUACAAACCGAGGUCAGUGACACCAAUGUCAUCUUGUCAAUGGACAACAACCGCUCCUUGGACCUGGACAGCAUCAUUGAUGCUGUGCGCGCCCAAUACGAAUUAAUUGCACAGAAGAGCAAGGACGAAGCUGAGGCCUUGUACCAGACCAAGUACCAGGAGCUGCAGAUCACAGCUGGGAAACACGGAGAUGACCUGAAGAAUAGCAAGAUGGAGAUCUCAGAGCUCAACCGCAACAUUCAGAGACUGCAGGCAGAGAUCAGCAACGUUAAGAAGCAGAUGGAACAGAUGCAUGGGUCCAUUUCCGAUGCAGAGGAGAGAGGAGAGAGGGCUCUCCAGGAUGCCAGCCAGAAGCUGAAAGAGCUGGAUGAGGCCCUACAGCAGGCUAAGGAGGACCUAGCCAAGCUGCUGAGAGAUUACCAGGCAAUGCUGAGUGUCAAGCUGUCCUUGGACAUAGAGAUCGCCACCUACCGCGAGCUUUUGGAGGGCGAGGAGAGCAGGCGCUCAGGGCUGGUGCUGCUGGGUCCCCCUGCCGAGUUCUCCUGGGCCAUUCUGUGUCUGUCCUUCCCUGGUACAGCGGUGCAGAGCAGCCAGGUGACCAUUGGCGGCGGCUCAGGAAGUUACGGUGGCAGUUCCCGCGGAGGCGGCGGCGGCGGCGGCAGCAGCAGCAGUUACGGAGGAGGAACAGGCUCCCGCGGGGGUGGAGGCAGCGGCGGAGGGAGCUACGGCUCCAGCAGCAGAAGCAGCAGCAAAUACAGCAGCGGCGGCGGCUCCUCCCGCACGCAGAUACUGCAGACUUCCACCCACAGCUCGCGAAGGCACGUGGUGGGGUAG